CAGUUAUCCCUCGUCUCCCUGAGAGAGAAAAAAAAAAAAAAAAAACGCUUCCAAGUUACAAGUCCAACAAAGAAACAAAGGAGACGACAGACAGACAAGACUCAAAACAGUCUAGCGGUUUUCACACGAUAAAAAGAAAAAAAAAAAAAAAAAAGAAGAAGAUGGGAAUAGUGUCUGAAGCUCACAACGUGAAGGUUUUGGGCGGUGGGAAUAACAAUAAUAACAACAAUAAUCAGACGAUAGUUUUGGGGCAUGGAUUUGGGACGGACCAGUCGGUGUGGAAGCACCUUAUACCGCACCUUGUGGACGAAUUCCAGGUGAUUCUGUACGACAACAUGGGCGCGGGAACGACAAACCCCGAGUACUUUGACUUCGACAGGUACUCGUCGCUGGAAGGCUACGCCUACGAUCUGAUUUCCAUACUGGACGAGCUCCAGGUCCACAGUUGCAUCUUCGUCGGCCACUCCGUCUCGGGGAUGGUCGGCGUCAUCGCCUCCGUCACGCGGCCCGAUCUCUUCUCCAAGCUCGUCAUGAUCGCCGCCUCCCCGAGGUAUCUGAACGACGUGGAUUACUUUGGAGGGUUCGAGCAGGAGGAUCUGGACCAGCUGUUCGACGCAAUGGGGAAGAACUACAAGGCCUGGUGCUCGGGUUUCGCCCCGCUCGCGGUGGGCGGCGACAUGGACUCGGUGGCGGUGCAGGAGUUCAGCCGGGGUCAGACCAUUUUCCAAAGCGACAUGAGGCAAAUCCUCGGCCUAGUCUCCGUCCCUUGCCACAUUCUCCAGAGUUUCAAGGACCUCGCCGUCCCCAUCGUCAUCUCCGAGUACCUCCACCAGCACCUCGGCGGCGAGUCCAUCGUCGAGGUCAUGUCGUCCGAAGGCCACUUGCCCCAGCUCAGCUCCCCGGACGUUGUCAUCCCGGUGCUGCUCCGGCACAUUAGAUAUGACAUAGCAGCGUGACAUGUAGUAUUUCUGUGUGUACGUAAUGUAAUGUUGAUUUGUAGGUUUAAUUUGCUUUUUUAUUUGUCUCUUUGUUAUGAUUCUGGCAGCUAGUUAAUAUCUUAUCAACAAUCGGUCGUUUUCGUUGUAAUUUUAGCUAGUACUGAUUGUUUAUUAGGGUUGUUAGUUUAAAGGUCGAUCGGCUGCAGUUAUACUUUAAUUGUGUGAUAAAAGUCAACAAGCACCGAUCAAUAAUAAUGUCUUUAUGGAUCCAAAAUGUGGGGUCGCCUCUUGGCUGUUAGUUGUCUAGUCCAAAUAAGAGAAGUAUAAUUAUUACUUCUCUUUCGAAAAUUGUUAUGAUUUUGUGUUUGUGUAGGUUCCAGAUAAAGAUUGAAUUGUCU